CGGUCUUACAUUCCGACGAGCAGCAACUACAGCUAAACAACAAUGUUCAAACUAUUGUGCGUCGCUCUUUUGCCAUUGGCUUUAGCUAGUGCCGAGUAUUUGUACGGUGAUGUAAGUGAUGGGUACACUUACAAUACUGCUUACGCUUCGGCCUACGACAACUACAAACCGAGGGAUUACAAGGUUGAAUACGGUGUCUCCGAUCCGCACACCGGUGACCACAAGUCUCAAUGGGAGGUGAAGGAGAACGGAGUCGUGCGCGGAGCUUACAGUCUUCUGGAAGCUGAUGGUACCACCAGAAUUGUCGAAUACUACGCUGAUGAUACCGGCUUCCAUGCUGACGUUAAGAAGAUCGGUACCGCCGUGCACGCUCAACAGGAACACCAAAUCCAGCUCGCUCCAAUCGUGAAGAACCAGAUCAUCGACAGCAUCGCCUACAACGGAUACGGACACGGAGGUUUGGAGCACGGGUAUGGAGCACCAAUUGAAACCAUCCACCACGAGGCUUUACCUGUAGCCAAGGAGGUGGUCGUCGAGGCCCCAGUGCAGAAGAUCGAACAGAUCAUCGAGCCUCAAUUGGAGCAGGUCUUGCACCAAGAAGCCCCAUUGAGCGUUGAGAAGUUCGCCCCGAUCGCCCCAGCUCAAUACAUCAAGGAGAUCGCCCCGCAAUCCUUCAACCCCAUCUACGAGCAGAUCGCCAAGUACGCUCCAGUCCCACAAUUCUACGAACCCAAGAUUGAGUCAUACUACCCAGCCCCAGCCGCCAAGGUCCUCUCCUACCCACAACAAGCCUACUACCAAACUCCAGUUGCCAACUACGAAGCUUACCCAGUGCACACCAAGGUCGAAGAAGCCUACUACCCACAAUCACCAAUCCAACAAUACUACCAAGCCCCGAUCGCUAAGGUAGCCCCAGUUGCCAAAGUACUCGUCCCCGAAGUCCAUGUCUCCAAAGUGCAAGCUUACGCUCCAUACCAAGAACAAGCCAAGGUAGCUGCCUUCCCAGUAUCUCACAGCCAAAUCCCAUACUACGAACAAGCUAAGGUAGCCCUCCCAGCCAUCCAAGUGUCCAAGGUCCAAGCUUACGCCCCAUACUACGAGCAAGCUAAAUUUGAAGUUAUCCCAGUCUCCCACAGCCAACCACAAUACUACGAACAAGCUAAGGUCGUAGCCCAGAACCAGGCCCAAUACUACGAACAACCCAAACUCCAAGCGUACUACCUUCCCCAAGUAGCCAAGGUGGAGAAGCCCAUCUACUACGAGCAGCAGCCACAACAGCAGCACCUCGUCAAAUCCGAAAUCCCACAAUCGUUCAUCCUCGGUGAACUGGCCAAGAUCGCCCCACACAUCGAGCCCAAAUACAAGGAUGCCGUCACCUACGCUCAACCCGCCUACCAUUCCUACCACCCCGAGUAUUAAUUUAAUUCCAAACUACCCCUUUUCUCUUAUUUCCUGCCCCGCGAGUUGAGACAUCAAGAAGUGUCCGGCUCGCACCUAACACUAGUAAUUAUAAAAAAAACACAGGGACGAAAGUAUCAGUUAAAGUUAGAAAACGCGCGGCAGGAGAUUAGAAAAAAAAAUAAUAAUGAAGGCACGAAAGAAAUAGAAACCCACCAAUUUGAUUCCGUUUAAUUGCUACGUAUCCGUCUGCAUUGCAUCCGAUGCAAGAGGAUGAUCGUUGGGGAAACUUUCCAAACGCUCGCGUCUCUUCCAUCUCUUUCUGUGUGUGCGCGCGUGUGGAAACUCCUGCCAUUAUUACACUUCUCAAUACAACUUACGCAAGAGGAAACGAUGUG